GUCAAAAUUUUAAUAUGUGCGCAAAAUUCAGAUCGCUGACAUCAAUGAAGGGGGGGGGAAGCAACACAUCACCUACAUUACCUCACGGUAUUUGCAUAAUAGGUCCAGAGGCAGCUCUCUAUAAGAAGAGCUGAUCCUCCAAAGGGAGCUGAGCAGCAGUUCUAUUGGAUAUCUCCUGUGAUUUUACCGAGGAGAACAAUUUUGAAGCUCAGACGUGUAAACAGCUGCAAAAACAAAGUGAACUGGAAGAACUCUUUCAAAACCUCAGCCUAGGACAGAAGCUCCUGUGCAGAAGAACCUUCAGUCUCAUAAUGCCAUCGGCUCAACUGUUCCUUCUGCUGUUCUUUCUGGCUUUCACCAGUGUUUGUGUCAAUUUGGGGCAGCCAUUUACAGAGGAUGGCGAGAAUGAAGAAAAGAGUCACUUGGAUGAUAUCUUCCAAAGGGCAGAAAACAUCAUCUUGAGGUCUAUUCUCAAGAAGGCUGAAGAUAAUGAAGAGGACACCAACAACGAGCCGAGUGCUUCUCAGCUGAACUGGAUUUCAAAAAGACAGCACCCUGGAAAGCGAUCACUAAACAGUUUAGACAAGAGGCAGCACCCUGGGAGAAGGGAAGACACGAGCGACGAUUCCUAUGGAGAAACUCUGAAGCGGCAACACCCUGGGAAACGAGAGGAAGAUGACGAAUUUGAGCGCUACGUAGAACUGCAGAAGAGGCAACACCCUGGCAAAAGGGCCCUGUGGGAUCCAUACUCCGAGAUCCCUAGCAACCAGCUGGCCUAUUCAAAUGAAUUAACCAAAAGGCAACACCCAGGCAAGAGGUAUCUGGCUUAUAGCAAGCGACAGCAUCCUGGCAAGAGAAGUUGGGAGGAUGAGCUCGAUAGCAGUGAGCAGGACUUGGAGAAACGGCAACAUCCAGGGAAGAGGUACUUGGGUUUAGAGAGUCCAGACUACCCUGCCCCCUGUGACCCACAGGAUUCCAUCAACUGCAGCCAAAGCGGCUUGUUGGAGCUGCUAGACAGCAUAAACAAAGGCCAGGGAGAAGAGAAGCGACAACAUCCGGGAAGGAGGUCUUCUUGGGAUGGGGCAGUGGAGGCAGAGGAGUGAGGAAGGGGCAGUUUGUAAUUAUGCAUUGUUUACAUUUCUCUGAAUGAUCCCCUCCUUCCUGAUGAUUCAAAGUUCCACUCACAGCUCUUUUUGACUCUCUGCUUGCUGCUGUACAAUGCAGGUAAUUCUUUUGUUCCUCUUGGAUCGUGGUCCAGAUUUAGCAAUGUGGAUUUCAUUUUACGCACAGGACCGGGUUGUCCCAUUGAAAGGUCCACAACCAGGCUUUCCCACAUCAUAAAAUAAAGUGCAUUAAUAUAGGAUGAUUCCAAUAUUUUUUCUCUGUGGAUUCCUGGAGGGCAAAGAUACAAACAAAAGGAAACUGUUGGAAGACAUGGGCUAUUCCAAUGUGGGAAGAGUCAGUGUGAUCCUUAAUGCUUUCAACUGCCAGACCAGCUCCCCAAAAUGUUUGCCUGUGACAUGUUUCAUACUCAUGUCUGUCUAUGCAUUUCCUCAUUACAAAGAUGUGCAUCUUUGACUGUUUUGUAGCCAUUUUCCUCCGUAGGGCUUUCAGUAGAGAAAUGUAUAACCAGAAUCAUCUGCAGGUUCAUUUCUGAACUGGGCUCUUCACUCAAAUCUGGGCUGGGGAGGGGCAUAGUGCUUCCAGCUAUAGUGUCUUACUGUAUGUCCAGGUGGGAGCUUCUCACAGUUUGGAUGUGUGCAUGCCAGGGUGGGGAGAAGUGGAAAAACCAGGUAACAUUUUGGGACUGAAAAAUAUGAUUCUUACCACACAGACUGCAUUACCUGUGAUGCUGCACCUGCUAUUGCCUGAAUUGUGGCUAGAUGAGACAGGAAAGGGACCAGCAAACACCACGCAACUGCAGGGCUUGGAAGUGCGCUGCAGGAACAUCUACAUAUCAUUCUUCAAAUAUACCAUAUGGAGAUGUCAUUCCAUGAUUCAUUUCUUAGUUCAUCCCUUAGAUGUAUAAUUUGUUCUUGAUCCCUGAACCUUCAAACAUGUUGCCCACCAUGGGGUAGCCAUCAACAGCACCAUGACACCCAUUAUCUCCUUCAGUUUCUAAUUCCUCCACACCCCCACCUGCCCAUUUUUAUUGUUGAGGACAACUCUUUGAGUGAGCUGCUGCCUCAUAAACUUUCGUGCCCUCAUAAGGGCCAUGAGUUCACUGAGAUGAUGAUUCCCCAGAUCAUUAUAAUAGCUAGUCUAGCUACUAUUCUAGAUAACAGGCAACAAAAUGAUCCCAUAGUCAAUCACACGCCCUUGAGGGAAUUCACUGAAAGUGUUGGGGAGGAAAGUUAACACAGGCCAAUGAAAUAAUUAAAAAACGUGUAUAAGUGAAAAGAGUGGCUUCUCACACUUUUAGUUCAAUGCUUAUGCAUGAAGUAGACAAAGUGAGCUACUAUGAAGAAGACAUUUCUUAAGGGGUUCAAAUCACAGCUUCCGUCAGGCAAAGACCACAAUGUUCCAGUCUCGAUUGCUGCUUGGCCACUGUAACUUUUGCUGUACCCUGCAUCCUGGGAUCUAAAAUGGAUCUAAAUACAUUCCAAGGGGCAGCUUGCUCUGCAAGUAUAAAUAAUGCCAAUGCAGAAGGGGAAUCCUAUAGCUGGUGCUGAUGUUCUCCAGUCAUCAUAGGUAUGUUCCAUCAAAAUCUGUAUCAAUCCCAUUAAGCCAUAUCUCCCCUAGCCAUUUUCCAGGUGGUUAGGCUGCUUACAAGCUGUCUUUAUGACAGGGGAUUGCGUACAAUUGCUGUCUUCUCUGUGCUGGUUGUGAUGGAUCAAGCUGCCAUUCUGCUAAUGAACAAGAUUAAUGUGCAAAGAGAAAUGACAUGCAUGUUCAGCAAAUCAGACAUUUGCUAUUAUCCUUUGCCCUAAACCUGAUUCAUAAUGAUGCAAGACCCUUUUUUGAUUAUCAAGGUUUCACAAGGCUGAUUUGGAACCCACAUCUCACUUUAUUUCAGAAUAAUGACAACAGUAUGAAUUGACAAUUGCAGCAAGCAGGUGUCUUUGUCUCAUCGUGUGGAUUUUCAUUUAAAUUCCCAUUGUCCUGAAGUAUAUGUCUUCACUUUGUGUAGACGAAAGGUGUUUAUCUGCCAGAAAUGAAUCAAUAAAUAUUUAUCAUUACCAGUGUCACAAA